AUGAGGCGCAGUGUGCUCCCAAUUCUGGUAAUCUCCGGCGGGAUCGCCGAGAUGUGGAACAAGCAGCACCCCGAAAAGAAAAUGAAUACAGGCGACAGCAUCACCGAAGUCAACGGCAUCAAAGGCAAUGUCGCGCUGAUGCUUGAGAAAUGCAAAUCAGACCAAACCUUAGAGUUGACAAUCUGCAAGUGUCUAACGUAUGGACAUUUGGUUGCCGACUUGGAGAAGUUGAUGCUCGUGAAGGGAUGUGGACCAAUCAUGAUCCGUUUGUCCUGGCACGAUGCCGGCGUUUUCAAUGGUUCUGAUGGUUGCCCGAAUGCCGCAAUGCGUCUUGCUGGUGGGGGCGAGCAUGCUUUCGGUGCAAAUGCUGGGUUGCCCCAGGUGGCAAUCCCGCUUCUACAGGCCAUCAGUGACAAGUACGUGCCGAAGCUCAUCUCCCAUGCAGACCUCUGGACGCUCGCAGCGAACGUGGCCAUCAAGGUCAUGGGAGGACCUGACAUCGUCACACACUUCGGGCGCAUCGAUGCUCAGUCGCCCUCUGAGGGGGCGACUGCUGCAACUGGGCGUCUUCCGGAUGGCGACAAAGAUGCCCAGCACCUUCGUGACAUUUUCCGGCCUAAGGGCUUCACUGACAAGGACAUUGUUGCUCUGUCCGGUGCGCACACGGUUGGGGCCUGCCAUGCGGACCGUUCUGGUUUUGAGGGACCGUGGACAGCUGACAAGCUCAAAUUCGACAACACCUAUUUCCAGGACUUGCUAAACAAGACCUGGACGAUGGAGACCGUCAAGUCAGGAAACAAGCAGUACAGGUCUGGUAAGGAGAUGAUGUUGACAACUGAUAUGGCUCUUGUCGAAGACCCCAAGUUCAAAGAAUACGUCAUGAAGUAUGCCUCCAACCAGGGUGCCUUCUUUGAUGAUUACAAAGAGGCAUGGGUCAAGCUACAGGAACUCGGAUGUGGCCAGUUGCGGGACAUCCUCUGA